UACAAAACAAAGUUGCAUUUUCACUGCGUACGAAAAUAUUUCAUUGGAUAUUAUAAAUAUACAUAUAAAGAUGAGCGGCACCAGCAUCGAUCUCAGCCAGGAAGAAGUAUGGGACGACUCAGCUCUCCUUGAAUCAUGGAACGAUGCCCUCCGCGAAUACAAGAAAUAUCACAGCAUACAUAAGAAAGGAGCUACCAAAGCAGAUAUCGAGGCUCUCAAGGCAGAACGAGAUGCGAAUAAUACCGAGCUUGAGAUGGACCUAGAAUCCAAUACUCAAUCCGAACCCAUGGUAGAGGAAUCUUUGCCAGAGAUAGAGCCAACUGAACCUGCGGCGCCACUCUCGGCAGCAUUAGCGGCACCGUCGUUACAUCCACAGGUUGUUCUUGGCUCAAUGAAAGACGAGAAUCUCAAGAAAAUGCUCAUGUCAUGGUACUAUGCUGGUUACUAUACGGGUCUGUACGAGGGCCAGCAACAAGCCGCGGCAAGGUCUAGCUCCUGAGGCUGAUUGCAGCCGACGCUCGAGGUCAAGCAGAUCUGUUUCGAGGAGCAAAGAAACGAUGCCCAAACAUAAGACAAGGGCUAUCUGUGACCACGCAUGCGGUGGAAAACAUGCGUAUCGUCUGAAGCCUCGAACACUGUCGCCGUUGUAGCCGUUUACUUGCAUGCACUCACGCAAACAGCACCGUGCACCAGCCAGCGUUCCCCAAUCCUGGCAUGCGUAUGACGGAAGAAUGGGACGCCAAGUUCUCAUUACCACCAUAGAUGCCGUUUAUGCCGCUGGUAAUGCAGAAGCGACGGGUUGCCUCAUUUCUCGAAACGUGGGCUUGUUUCUUGUGUAGGUUGUCCGCGAAUCUAGCAAUACCCGGUUUCACUAGCCACGAACAGAGGGAAGCCAUAGAUCUGCAUGGAAGUUCCAAAUCCCACUCUGUGCAGUUUGGUGACUGCCCCUCUCAAUCGCGGCUGACAUGUUUUGCGGUUUCAAAGUGCAGCAAACGUUGGGACGAGUACGAAUGUAGGCGGCGCAGCGCGCUUGGCGGUGGCUCUUUUGGGAUUAUAUUGAGGGAGACUAUUGGUGUUUGAUGCUGAAACGAGCUGCUGCAGAGGCAGGCAGGAUGGCUUAGAGUGGCCAGUGUCCUCCAUUUUUAUUCGCUGGCUGGCAGUAAGCACCGCGAUGCUUUUGUUCGAUUACCAACUAACACAACGUUAGUCCGGCUCCAAAAUGUACAUUAUUCAACUAAGGCCAUUGGUUUUAACUUUUGCACGGAUUUUAAGCCUCCAAAUCUUAGCGAGAAGCGAUCCCCCCAGCAAAAUUUACCGGGCCUUUUUUUUGGUUCCUGUGCGGGAUGAUGCGCUGUCUGCGCACAGUCGUUUUUGCACGUCCGUGACCUGGGGGCGGUUUUGGUGUUUCAUAUGAAACACUCCGACGCCAUGGCCCAAGCGAGGCGCAGAACACUGGCAGCAGCUCGACCUGCUUUCGGAACCUGACCUGCACCUGCAACGGGGCUGUGAGAAAGCAGCAGAAGGAGAAGCAUGAGAAGAUGCUUGGUAAACGGUACUCGAAUUUUAAUCGCAAUGAGGAGAAUUUGGCGUUGCGCGCAUAACCGCCCUGGCGACUUACACGACGCCAACUCACCAGACCUUUGUACAUACCACGCUUUCUACGACGAAAUAAUACACACGAUAUUUUUAUCAAAUAAUUUGUUUUUCAUUUGAUUUGUUUGAAAAAUAGUAUUUCAACUUUGUUUCCUUCUCUCCCCAGCUCUGCGCUCCGCCAAACCCCUUCUCUUCUUCACCUGCAACCGCCUGUGUUUGAAGUGCCCACCAAAAAACACCUCCUCGA